AUGGCCUUGGACCCGACUCGACUCGACUCAACUGGAGAGCGCUGGCCAACCACCCGGUCUCGCCAGUUCUGGUUGUUACGGCAUUCGAGAAAGGACGCCCGAAGGACAGGCAAUCUGGACUUUGAGGCGCGCGUACCCAUCCCCUUCAGUGUCUUCCCGUCGUCGUACCGGAGUGACGCUGUCUCUGAGACUACUCAGACGAGAGUAGAAGGAGAGGUAGAAAUCAAUCGCACUUCGCGCGUCGUACGGGAAGAUACUGCUGGUGCUCCUCUUCCUGACCCCCGUGUCUACGGAAAGGAAGAAGUUGACGUUCGCAUCCGUUCCGACGAACGCCGUCCUCACUUCGAAGAGACUCGUGUCUUCGAAGAGCGCGACCGUUUCUACGACAAGCAGUCUACUCCUUAUCCUCCUCACCACCCUUCUUACCCUCACCACCCUACUCAACUCCCUCCUCAGGUAGAGCUUUCCCGUCAAAGCUACCGCGAACCGAUUGGUCGUUUCGACGAAUACCGUACUACUACUACUAGUAGUGCCACCCAGGACCGCACCUACGAGACCCAGCUUGAUAUUACUGAACGCGACAUCCGCCGUCGUAUUCAACCUAGCUACGAAGUCGACGUCACCUACGACCGUCGCUACCAACCCGGAACUGCAGCUUACCGUGCUGACGCUUACGACGUCACUCCUCAGCAAGGUCCCAGCCCAUACAACAGUGCUGCUUCAGUCUCUGUGACUCAGAACACUAUCCGUGAAGAAGUCCCUGCUCCUAAAUCCAAGAUGGGUUACUACGACGACGAAGGUCAAUACCACUCCUUCCGCCGCGGCGUUGAGCGUGCUGCCGACCGCCUUCUCCACCCUUUCCACAGCGACAGGGAGGAGGUCGUGGUCGAGGGUGCCCCUCGUGUCCGCGAGGAGGUCCGUGUCAUCGCACCGCGUGGCGGCGUCUCCAGCAAGGAGAGCGUACCCAUCCCCGUUCACUUCAUCCGCGUCGGUGAUUUGCUCAUCCUUCAGGGACGUCCCUGCCAGGUGAUCCGUAUCUCUGUCUCCCCACAAACUGGCCAGCACCGCUACCUUGGUGUCGACCUCUUCACCCGUCAAUUGCAGGAAGAGUCCAGCUUUGUCUCCAACCCUUCUCCUUCCGUUGUUGUUCAGACCAUGCUUGGGCCUGUCUACAAGACCUACCGUGUCCUCGAUGUCCAUGAGGAUGGUUUCAUCACUGCCAUGACCGAGACUGGUGAUGUCAAGCAGAACCUUCCUGUCAUCAGCCAAGGUCAUCUCUUUGACCGCAUCCGUCAGUCCUAUAGUGAUGGCCGAGGAAGCGUUCGCGCCCUUGUUAUCAACGAUGGUGGACGCGAGUUGGUUGUUGACUUCAAGGUCAUCCACGGCUCCCGUCUAUAA